AUGACUUUAAAUAUAAAAAAUUUUUUCGAAAAAAGUUUUCCUUCUUCCCCUCCUUUUUGCUUAACAUUUUUGGCUUCUUUCUUGAUAUACAUAUUAUUUUUUUUCAUUAUUUGUGUCCUCUUCUUUUUUGAAUAUAUCUUUCUUUUAUUUUUUUUUCUACUUCAAUUAUUUUUUAGUUCUGUCAGUUUUUGUGGGGGACUGUUUCCUUUUUUGGAAUUUUUCUCAUUUUUUUCAAUAAAUAUAUGCGUGCUUUGUGUUUCAGUCCUUUCUUUCCCUUUUAUUUUCUGUCCCCAAUUUUGUGCCUAUUUCUUUGCAUUUUCAAUUAAUUGUAUUGGGGAUUUGGUAGAAAAAGAAAAAAACUCUUGGGGGAUUUUAUUUAUUAAAAAAAGUUAA